AUGUCAUCCGCAAGCUGGCUACUAUCAGCUUCUUGGGUUAUGUGCAUUAGUGGGAUGGUGCCGACCUCAUGGUCACUGGAAAAUUCUCAAUACCAGGGGAAUGAAGUUCAAUCGGCAGCAUUGUUUAUCUCCUUAGAUAUUGUUGCGAAAUGUUCUGUCUCUCAUGAAAAAGAAUCUGACCGUUCUGAUUUGAGCGUGACAAUGUUUAGCUGUGAUUGGAAUGGCUGA